AUGGCGAGAUGCAUGCUAAAGCAAAAGAAUUUGCCAAAGUCCUUAUGGGGUGAAGCUGUUUCGGCUGCAGUUUAUAUCCUGAACAAGUGCCCUACCAAGAAGUUGAAGAAUAAGAUUCCUGAAGAAGUGUGGAGUGGAAAACAACCAUCGGUGAGUCAUGUGAAGGUGUUUGUCUCUAUGUGUUACAAGCAUGUUCCUGAUACAAGAAGAAGGAAGCUUGAUGACAAGAGUGAACCUAUGAUUCUGGUAGGAUAUCACAAGACUGGUGCAUAUAGGCUGUUCAAUCUAGUUAAUACAAAGAUUUUGUUGAGUCGAGAUAUUGUGGUUGAUGAAGAUUAUACUUGGGAUUGGAAUUCGAGUAAUUCAGUUAACAAGCCAUUGAUGAGCUCUAACUUCAACGAGGAAACUACUGAAGUCGAAGUUGAUGAAAUUUUCAAAACUCUAGUCGAAGUUGAAGCGGUUGCCAAUACUCACGACACAGUCGAAGUCAAAGAGGGUGUAGCUGAUACAAGCCAAAGACCUCAAAGAACUCGAAUUCUUCCAGCAAGACUUCAAGAAUAUGAAGUGACUGGUGAUGAUAAAGUCACAUCUGAUGGAGAAUUAGUUCAUUUUUCUUUACUUGCAGGUGAUGAACCAAUCAACUAUAACGAGGCUUUAAAAAGUCAACAGUGGAAGUUAGCUAUUGCCUAA